AUGGCCAACAUCGAGCAAAGGCCUUUCGUACCAUCUAAGACAGUACACUCAGAUUUCCCACUUAUCGACUCCGACCCUCAUUUUCGAAGAGUGAUUUCCUACGCGAGACCCUCCGACUAUGUGGCUGGAGCCAUAACCGCAGCUGGCGGGCCUGCCUUGAUGUUAAUAUGGGAAAAGAUGGCGCCCUCAAGAGUCGGUCGCGGUGGCUUCGCCCCUAUCAUGAGGCUCGCAGGUACUGUGGGCUUGGUCGCGGGGUUUCUUACAUACUACCAACGUUCUACUUUACGAUUCUAUGGCUGGACUGAAAAUGCGCGUGAAAUAGAUCUAGACAUGAAAGAAAUGGUGGCCAAAGUGAAAAAGGGUGAGCCAUUGUACGGCGUCAGCUCCACUUCUCCCUAUAUCCAAGGUGUUGCAAGUCGGAACUCGCGAUACGCAGGCGUUUGGUACCAUGUCUUACCAUGGUUCAAUUUUGUUAAUCAUAAUCAACACGGUGUUGAUACCGCAAAAUACUAUCAGCAAGCUGAAAGGGAACUAGAAGCUGAGAAUAGGUUUGCAAAAGUGUGA